GACCUGCUCCACCUCUCAGAGUAUGACCUGCUGGAGCUGGGAGUCCACAAUCACCUGCACCGCCUGCACCUCCUCACUUCUCUACGCCUCCUCCAGGAGCGUGAGAGGAGGAGAGAGCUGAGGAUGAUGGCCGAGGGGCGUUUUGCGAGUCUGCCCAGGUCGCUCCAUGCACAUCACAGCCUGGAGGGCGGCACCCCCCACCCUGGGGCCCCCAGCAGCAGCUCCUACUCCUCCAGGAGGCUCCAGGCUUCGCUCGCCUCCUCCAUGGACCUCCUGAGCUCCAGGCCUGGUUUUCCUCCGGGGCAGAGCCCGGGCCUCUCAGAGUUGCCCGCCGCCGCCUACCAGCCCACCUCCAUCCAUGGGACUAUGCCUCGCCGCAAGAAGGGCGGGAGCAACCUCGCCCACGGGAACUACACCUGGGACCCCAGAGCCAAUCACACGCAGGCGUCUGUGGCUCCUGGACACGUCCAUCAACCUCUGACGUCUCCGCUGGUUCAAAAUAUCAUCGACGACUUCCACGGAUACAG